CUCGAUUUGGACAGGUCGGUCCACCUACAGUCAUUUUAACUUUGCGCUGUAUGCAAUUUACUAUGCCGUUUUUAAAAAGCUUCAAUGUUUUUUUAAAGGCGUUCUUUCACUUUGAACUCAAUUUUUAUUUGUUUAAAUGCCUUACAGUGUACUUGCGAUUAGAGACAAAUACCACAACAAAAAGUAAAGGGGAAGGAAGCUGUGCUAAAACAUUCAGGUCCGCUAAUAAAAAGAAAAUAAUACAAAAAAAAAACACAUUUGACGUUUCAAGACAUCUGAAAUUAGUUUUAUAGUCUUUGAACUCGUCGAGAUAUAGUGGUACCUGCACUUUCAAGUAAAGAUCAUAUAUUUCCAAAGUCAGUGUAUAUUUUUUUCUUUCAAUUGAUCUUUCAUGAAAUGCAUUGCUGUGGGUUUGGAUUCUCGCAUCUGAGAAAUGAGUUUGGCAGGUCUUCUGCUCCACGUGAUGGAAUUUCAGUGUCUUUGCCAGGUUGCCUGUUUGGAGAUUUCCUGUCUGCUGCCGCCACCUUGAGGAUCCAAAUGGAAUGAAUUCAGCGCGUUCCCUGAUUCAGAGGUCUGAAUGAUGGUUCUUGUCAUGGUGAUUAAGGGAAAAGACAGAUUACGUGAAGGUGCUCUGCAUUUACUGGGGACUAUACAAACCUGCACUUGGGUGGAAUGAGGAUUUGAGAGCAGAUUGGGGGAGGCGUUCGCAACAGAGUUCAGAACUCAUUCCAGGUAACCUUGUCAACCAUUUGCCGGUCAGGAUCCAUGCAACGGAGCUGAAGGCUGAAGGAAGAGACCGAAGAGUCAGAAAGGAUCAAAACGGUCGAUAUUUGCAGGCCUGUGGAUGGGUUUCCAGCACAUGGAGAGCGUGCAAAGGUGGAGGGCAAAAUGAAAGAGCCCACGCUAUCACUCCUCAGCCGUGGAUGUGCUCAAGUGGUAAAGACUGAGGUUCACAAUGACCAGGGGAAGCUGGAGGUUUAUUUUGAACCACAGGAUUAUUUCAACUGGAAAUCCCAGCAAGAUUAUAUCCGGUUACCCCGAAUUGUAAACCGGCGUGAUUUAUUGAAUCCAGAGUGUUACGUGCCUGAACCAGCACCCCCUAAAACCUACAGCACGAGGAAAGGGCCUCUUAUCCUGUACUCAGAGGACUUGGCCUUGUCAUCAUGGCAACCUGGAGGGCCAGGCAGGAAGAGAAAAGGCCUGCAUGGCCAUGGGCGGUAUGGACGAGAUAUGGAACUGCAGCUUCAUACCCUAAGGGACCUGACGGGAGCCAUCUUGGCAUAUGGGAACAAACAGGAAGGUCAGCACGAGGUCCAGCCUUUCCUCCACUUCCUUAGUGAGGAGCCAGGGGACAGGCAGAUGCGUCCGGGCUACUCUGCCAAGAGGUACCUGGCCUGCCUCUCCCAGACCUGGGACCCAAACACCAUGCACAAGUUCGGAGACACAGGAAGUAUCCGUGACCCCUUCUCCUAUCCAGAGAACCCAGGAAACUGCAGUUACCAGUAUGACCUCUCCACUGCUCCCAGGCCCUAUAAAGCACUCCCAGGAUGCCUGCCAACCCUUGAGACGGUUCAUGAGGGUUAUCCAUGCUGGCAAGACAGUGGGGGUCUGCCUAAACCUGGGCAAACCAAGCCUCUGCCAAAAUCCAGAAGAAAUAAGGGCAUGCUUUUGGAAGAGCAGAAGACAGAAAAUCUGCAGAAGAGAAGAGAGAUUCCGGGGCCCCGCAUAGGGAUGAGCCCUGUCCCCGAGAGUGAGGCCGAACCCGCAAACCAGGAAGAGAGAGCGUACAAUGCUAAUGAGAAUCAGGAUUCUCAGGCCAAGGUAUCUGAAUGGAACCCAGUGAGUCAGAAGCUCUACAAGGACAGCCAGGCCUCUCUGAGGCAGGCCAGCAUUGACUCCUCCUGGCUCCACAGUGAGAGAUCACAUGCCACCUAUUAUGGGGGCACUUUGGUUGGCGGGAGGAAAAGCACCAGCACAAAACCAGGCCGGUCUGAGCAGAAAGAACGAAAAGAGACGACUCUUCGUGACUCUUGCUCUGCCGAAAUACAUUUUCCACCUGUCCCAUCGGGCAUGCUGUUUGGACUUGGCCCAAUCAAGGAGACAGCAGACGAAACCAAUCCACUGAAGGAAUCCGGACCUGAGAUAAUGAACCUGCCGUCCCUAGUUGAGGCUGCCGGGGCUCACAGGCCACCAAGAAAGAAACAGCAGGAGCCAGAGCUUCCCAAAGAGCUUCUCAUCCUUCCCUUACUGCUGCAAAGGAGUGACGACCAGAGAAUACACUUCAAUCCAGGUGUUUUGGAUCACGAGAAUGACAGUAGGACAGAACCAGCUGACCCGUCUAGAAACUAUGAAAAAGAAAUGGAGGCGAGAGCUGAGGGCCCAGCAGCAGAGAAGGCAGCCAGGACAGCCCUGUUUCCUGUGCUGAGACCCAAAGAGAUAGGCCUGGAGUGGAGUGGGAUGGGAACCACAGAGAACAUGGAUACAGAAGUCAGCCAUGAUCACGCAGAAGAGAGCCUCGCUAGCCUGGCUGGUGGUCCCACGGUGGGGCUUCUGCCUCCUAUCGUUGGUAGGAAAGGUCCUGGUCACCAGAGCAGCAUGGCCUGUUUCAAAGCAAACAGCAAAGACUCCAAAGAUAUCCCCACAGGCGUUAUUAGGGGCAGUUUACCAGAGGAACUGAGAGAAUGCUACAAAGGCAGUUCAGUGGGCAGCCUCAUCAUGGGUCCUGAUGGGCAAAUCAUCCGUUUAUCUCUUCUGGGACCCAUUACAGAUUACGGCGCAGGACUACACCUUGAUGACAUCACUCAAAAUGGAGGGUUCGGAACCCUGGGCCCUGCUGUCAGCAUGGAGCAGCCGUGGACAAUAUUCCUACAACAAGACGGAGGGGUGCCUGGAUUUGGAGAGAAUGCCAUGGAUAGUGACACAGAUCCUAACCUGGCCCAUCUGAACCCCACACACAUGGGCCUGAACAGCAAGCAGAAUAAUCUAAUGAAUAGGGGCCCAAAAAAAACAGGUUUCAAGUCUGAUGCUGGCAGUUCUGAUUCAGAAUUAGACUCAAGCCUGGAGCAGGGAGGUAGACAUGAGGCUGGUCAUCUGGAUGCUGAUAAAAGCAAGAGCAAAGCCUCAAAGCGAGCACAGAGAAGAGGUGCAUUACCUGACAGUGAGGCUGAAGAAUACCAACGCCACCUCCAGGGCACAUCCACCACAGCAGGGGAUUCCGCCCAUGUUUGGGGUCGAGGUGCAGAAUCAGACGAGGGCCUGGCUUCUCUCCGACAGACCGGGGCCUCCAGUACCCGUCCACUCCGCAGCUGCUCCCCAUCCAGAGGCAGAGGGAGGGCAGGGCCUGGCACGUCACCCUUAGAAAGCUGGGGACAUCUGGAGUCCAGCACCACAGCUGGAUCUCCUCCACAAAGAAGGAAAAACAGCAAAUCUAAGAAGAAGCUUUUGUCUCAGAACAAUGACAGGCUGUCCAAUGAAAAAUCAGGAGCAAAAGCUUCUGGGAAGGAGCAGAUGACCGAGGAGGAGGAGGAGGAGGAGGAGGAGGAGAGAUUCUUGAGUAAGCAGACAGCAGGGCUUCGCACUGGGAACGCUGGGAGUAGCACGAAAACAAGGGGCGGUAAAGGAGACAAAGAAAAGAAGAAACUGAAAAAGGGCUCCGAAAAUGAAACCGGGGCUUCUUUAAAAAAGAACAAGAAAGCUAAAGGAAGUGGGCUGGAGGGCCGUGCUGAGUUUGUCGUGGGGAAACCUCGAGAGAAACGGGUUGAAGGAAAAAGUGGCUCAGCUUCCAUCCCGAAAAAGAAUCCUCCAGAUAUAGUUCCGAACAUCGUCAUAGAGUCAGAUGAGGAGUGUCUGUCUGAAGGUGGAGGGGCAGGUGGGAAAAAGAGUCAAAGAAAUGCUGGGAAAAAGAGUAGAAAAAAUGGUGAAGAAGAGUAUGCAGGAGAAGAUGGUGCAGAUGUGGAAUAUGAAGAGGAGUUGUGCAGCUCAGAAGGACGGGGGUCCCAUGAGAGGGACACUUCAUCCAGCGAGAGAGGCACUCCAGUCUGCCGUCUCUCUGAUGAAUCCACUGAGGGCAGGGUCACCUCCAAAACCUCUGUCACCAUUCGGGUUGCCACAGGAAUGGAACGCUGUGGGAAAACAGAUGUAUCUGACAUGAAUAGUGUGGUUGGCAGCAGUGAGACUGGGUCUUCAGUGCGUUCAGCCCGGGACCAGCUCCAAGCAGAGCAGGCAGAGAAGAGACGACAGGGAGUGGACCGGAAGAGACGGGAGCGAGAGGAGCAGAAGAAGAGGGAGCAGGAGCAGCAGGAGAGGGAGGAGAUGAUGAGACAGGAGCUGGAGGAGGAGCAGCAGUGCAGAGCCCAGGAGAUCAGGUUGAAGAAGCAGCAGCAGGAGGAGGAGAGGCGGCAGCAGGAGGAGGAGGAGAGGAGCAGGCUGAGGAGAGAGCAGGCAGAGAGGGAGAGACAGCGCAAGCAGCAGGAGGAGUACCGCAGGAAACUGCAGCAGCUGCAGAGGAACCGACAACAGAUAGAGGCUGAGAAAGCAGCGGAGGCUGAGCGUAGGCAGAGAGAGGAGGAGCAGAGGCAGGUGGAGGAGCAGAGGCUGCUGCUGGAGAUGGAUGAGAGCGAGAGGCAGGAGUACCUGAGGCGCAAGAAGGAGGAAGAGGAGCGGAGGAGGCAGGAGAUGGAGGAGAGGCAGAGGCAAGCCGAGGAUCAGGCCAGGAGGGGGAUGAGCGAGGCUCGGUGGCAGGCAGAGCUGCUCACCAGGCAGAGGGCUAUCCUGGAGCAGAACCUUCGCUUUCAAAGAGGCCUGCUGAGCGAGGCAGAGGGGCUGGAGAGGAUGCAGGACCUCUCCAGGCCCUGGGUCUACUCCUACUUCCAGCUACUGGAGAUGCUGGGGCUGCCAGCCACCCCAGAGGGAGUGCCAGAGGAGGCGUGAACCUGGACCAGCGUCCUGCUGCGAUACCAUAUACCAAAACGGGGGCAGCUGGGUCCAGUCUCACUGGUGCGCUGCUCUGCAUCAGCUCCUGUCUGGUUUAAACCUGUCCUCUACUUGGUUAUUUUGUAGGAGGUAGUUUAGUCCCCCCUAACACUGUACACAAGACAUGCACACAUUUUUUGUGUUACAAUUUCUAGUACAGUUACAAAGUAUGGUUCUAAAAUGUUUAUUCAGAUUUAAUAACCCAGAUACGCUAAAUGGUCAUAUUUUAAUUGCUAUUUAUUGUCAGAGGCACUGGGAAUGUACUUUUUGGGGGAAAGACUUUUUGCCUUUGCUACAUACACUUGUAGUCAAAAGUUUACAUACCCCAAUGGAAAUUUGUAAUUUCUAGAAAUUUCUCAAAAACAAAGAAUUUUAGGCAAAAUCUUUUGUGGAUGAGGGAAAGAAGUUACAAGAAAUAGAUAUCUACAAUUAAUUCAGCAAUUUUUUUAAAAUUAAUUCCAAAAAUUCUAAUUCAGAUGUAUUCAUACCCUUUGAUGCUAUGAUAGUAUUGUCUACAAGGUGCUAGAAAUUUUAAUAUGAUAAUGCAGAACCUAAUUCCAAAAAAUGAAGGGUUAGGCAUAGGAUGAUUGCUGUCAUUACCAAUGUCAAUAUGGGACAAAGCAAAGAGCUAUCUAAAAUGAUUAAACUGUCAUAAAGCUGGAGAAUGAUACAAGACGAUUUCCAAGUAUUUGAGUAUCCCAUUUUCAACUAUUGUUUCUAUUAUCAAGAAGUACAAGACUCAUGGUACUGUCACAACACUCCCUUGGUCUGGAAGAAAGAAGGUUCUUUCACCAAGAAUAAGUAGAAUUGUAAAGAAUGUUAAUAACAGUCCGAAAUUGACUGCCAGAGAUAUUCAAAGUGAAUUGGCUGCAGGUGGGACUGGUGUUUUCAUUUCAACCAUAGGUUGAGUAUUUCAUGGUGAAGGUCUCAAGGCCAAGGAAAAAAACACUCUCAGGAAAAUGUCACAAGGACAAUCGCUUAAAGUUUGAAAAAUGGCAUUUGAAUGAUGGAUAUGAGUUGUGGUCAAAGGUUUUGUGGAGUGAUGAAACAAAAAUCGAGCUAUUUAGUCACGCUGAUGUCGUUACAUUUGGAGAAAGUCUAGUGAGGCGUACAAAGAAAAGAACACCAUACCGACUGUCAAGCAUGGAAGUGGUAAUAUCCUUCUAUGGGGCUGUUUUUCCUCUAAUGGCACAGGAAAUUUAAUUCCAAUACAUCUGUUCCAUAGGAUACCAAAAGAUAUUGGCCAAUCAUCUGAAACCCUCCGCUACAAAACUUGUUUUAAAGCGAAAUUGGACAUUCCCACACAUCAAACAUCACACAUCAACUGCGCAAGAGAAGUCCUCAGAAUUUGAAUGAGCUGGAACAAUUUUGCAUUGAAGAAUGGUCAAAAAUCACUAAAGAAUCAUGCCGAAAGUUCAUUGACAAAUAUCCUAAUAGUUUAAAACAGGUUACUAUUGCUAAAGGUUCCUCAACUAGCUAGUAAUUUCAUUGUCCUUGUCAGGGUAUGAAUACUUUUGAAUUAACAUUUUUGGAGUUUAAAAAAAAAAAUGGUGAAAUAAAUAAUUGUAGGCAUCUGUUUCUUGCAACUUUUUUUUCCCCUCAUCCACAAAAGCAAUUUUUUUGCUACAAAAGAUUUGUCCCAUAAUUUGUUUGAAAAUUUUCUAGAAAUUAUACAUUUCCAUUGGGGUAUGUAAGGCUAUGUUAAUCCACUGAAAUCACACAUUUUGUUUUAUCUAAGCAUUCUAUAUUCCAGCUGCAUUUCCAUGGAGCUUAAAUAAAACAUUUUUAAUUCAA